AUGCUGUCUUGUCUGCGCUCGGCAACGAGCUUCCUCACCCUUUGCCUGGCACUCGCCAACCUGGCAGACCUUGCUUGCGGGACCGACGACACAAUCUUCCGCGUCAGUCGCAACCCCCGGCUGCGGGAGCGUGCCAACCACAGCGAUGCAUGCGUUCUUCCGCUUCCGCGGUUAAUCAUCAUCCGUCAGGAGGAUUUGCCGGGGGAUCGCAGCGUUCCGCGCCUCCAGUUUGAGACGCAGUUAAACAGCAUAAUCUACCUAGCCCCGGGCAGAAACGGGGUGAGGUUCAGGGACAAUAGCAGCCAUUAUGAAAUUACGCAGCACAUCCUGAGUGGUGGCAGAAUCCAGCACACCUACAGGUAUUUCGGGCCCGAGGCCAAUUCCGACCACUACCUCAUUGUUGAUCCCAACCUUCGGGUGGCCGAGUCUCGGAAUGUUGCGCAAACGGACGUCGGUCGCGUCGUUGUUAUUCCUGGCCAUCAAGCCGUCACAGCGACUUACUCGCCGACGCAGCUUGCCUUUCUCAAAUUCCAAAUUUGGCACAGGUGA